AAAACAAAUUUAGUUUACUAAAUUUUAGCUUAAAUAGGUUAAAAAUAUCAAAAAUCUAAAGUUCAGUAAGAACUCAUGCACUUUCUCCGCUUAUCAAAAUGAUUUGAAUCCACUUGUGGCCACCCUGGAACUGGGCCAAUGCUAAUGUGGUCUAAUGGAAACACACCCCAGGUGGUGGUUGGUGGUUAAUUUUCCGGUAGGUUAGCAUGAUAUUUCCCAACGGAGUUGGCCUUUAAAACGAACGUCUGACGACGUCAACAGUCAGAUCGGAUUUGGUUAGGCCCGGCCAUAAAACCUCAAGUAAAAAUGUUGCUCCAAGCCAAGCGACUGCCAAUCCUGCUGCCCCUCAUCUUCAACUUCAUUUACGUUCAAUCCUUGACCUCCGUGGAGCAAGUGCAACCGACAGAGGAGCAGCUAUCAUCGUUUUGGCUGAGCCAGGCACAGGAUCAGUUGGGUGAACGUUUGGCCAGAACCAAGGAUGCCAUUAUCGACACCCGUAAAGCCAAAAAUGUGGUGAUGCUUCUGGGCGAUGGUCUGUCCAUCACCACCCUAACGGCCGCUCGCAUCCUCAAGGGACAACGUAGCGGUGCACGUGGGGAGGAGGCUCAAUUGGCCUUGGAGCGAUUUCCUUUCGCCGGACUCAGCAAGACGUACUGCGUCGACGAACAGACACCGGAUUCCGCGUGCACGGCCACCGCCUAUUUGGGCGGUGUGAAGACGCAUAGCGGCACUGUGGGUCAGAGUGCCAGUGGUGAGCGGGUGGACUCGGUACUGCAGUGGGCACAGCAAGCGGGCAAGGUCACGGGCAUAGUGACCACCACCCGAUUGACGGAUGCCAGUCCUGCCGGAGCCUAUGCCCAUGUCCGAAGGCGAGGCGAGGAGUUGGAGAUUGCUCGCCAGCUGGUGGAGGAUGAACCAGGCAAGAGCCUACAUGUCAUCCUGGGCGGUGGCCUUAGCAAAUUCACCGACGAGCGAAGGGAUGGCAAGAAUCUACUGACCCAGUGGCGGGAAACCAAUCCGAAUGGCUGCUUCGCUCGAUCCCUGAAAGAUCUGAGAAACUGCAGCGAUGCCACGGGCAGCCUUCUGGGUGUCUUCGGUGACAGCCACAUGUCGUAUCAUUUGGCUGCCAGCAAGGAGCAGCCCAGACUCUGUGAAAUGGCAGCGGCGGCCAUCGAAAAAUUGCAGCAAAAAUCUCAAGAGGAUGGCAAUGGCUACUUUGUGUUCAUCGAAGGCGGCAGGAUUGAUCAUGGACACCACGAGACACGAGUGGGCUAUGCCUUGGAUGAGAUGCUGGAGUUUGAUGCGGCCGUGGAAACGGUGAUCAAGAUGACCGAUCCUCGGGAAACCCUAAUCGUGGCCACCGCUGAUCAUUCGCAUACACUCAGCAUGGCGGGCUAUGCCAAGCGAGGAACCCCCAUUCUGGGAAUGGAUGCCCAGCAGCGGGACCUGAAUGGAGUACCGUAUAGCACCUUGAACUACGCCAUUGGCAAGUGGCAGAGUCUGGACAAGGAGGGCAAGAGGGAGAGCCCUAGCAAGACCCUCAGUACAACCUCCUACACGCCCAGUUACAUUCAUGGACGAAAGGGUGUACAUUCUGGCGAGGAUGUGGCUGUAUUUGCAAUGGGCCCUCAGGCCCAUCACUUUGGCGGCAUUAUGGAACAGAAUCUGCUGCCCCAUAUCAUUGGCUAUGCGGCUUGCCUGGGCAGUGGUGUGACCCUUUGCAGGCAGGAGAAGGAUAACGCCACGGAUGUAUCUACAUUUGCCUGAUUCCUCAGAGUUUCUCAGAUAUGUGUGUAAAUUGUUUGUUUUCAGUUAUUUGGAAUAUAUAAUGUUUAGUUUAAA